AUGGGCCACCUUCCAGCUGACUACACUCUGGAAGUCGGUACUUACGUCGGCAACGCAUUUUUGGGCGUCAUUCUAGGGAUAGACAUAUGCAUGUGUUCGGCAUCCGUAUAUCUACUUCUGAAGAAACGACAGUUUCAUCCUCGCUGGACGUACUUCUACAUUUCCUACGGCGCCGUUUUGCUGGUACUCGUGACGGUGAACGUUGUCGUCAACCAGUAUUUUGGACAGCUCCUCUGGAUAAAUGACCGCGGUGCUCCCGGAGGGCCGCCUGCUUGGUUCUCCGUCAACAUGAACAACCCGCUCUACGUUACUGGCAAUGCUGUAACCGUCAUCUGUUCAUCCAUCGCUGCAACGGUUAAUGCGGCACUCCCCAACGGAGACAUUUGGUCUGGAGUCGCUGUUGACCUCGACAUGCUCUGGGUCGCGUCAACGGUAUCAUUCAACGUGCUCGUAAGCACCAUGAUUUGCUGGCGUAUGAUCAGUGUUGGGCGUGCGCAUCCCAACAAGGUUUAUGGCGAGGGGUUCAGCAACUAUACCGGCAUCAUCAGUAUGAUUGUUGAAGCGACCAUUCCGUUUACUGCUGUUGGAAUUGCAUAUUUCAUCGCUCAGCUUUGCAAGAGCGGAACAGAAGCUACUCUUGGCGACGUUUGGUCCGUACUAUGUGCAUUGUCGCCACAGUUGAUUAUCUUGCGCAUCGCAAUGGGAUUCGGCUGGUCAAAGGGCACGGUCCAGGAGCUAACUCGAACAGACGAAAUCAGCAUGAUUAUAUCUGGCUCUUGGCAGGCGUCAAACUCGGCUUCUCUGAGUAACACGGCGCUUGGCUUCCCUCGGAUGCGUACUCUUAGUGUGACAGCAAAAUGUUCCGCAUCUACAACUGACGAGCCUUUGGCAACGGGUGAAGGAAACGUGUAGAAUGUAGUCAGAAACUUAAGCUAAGGUUUUGCUUUGACGUGACCUAUCGCAGACCCAUUUUCUUCGGUUAUCAGAGGCAACAUCCAUCGAGUCCAUGUAUAUGUGAACAAUUUUGAACAUUAAACCGUUCCUCUGCGUUGAUGUAGGAUAGCUAGAUUUUCUUGAUCGCUCUUUCUUGUGUGUCUAUGUAAAAUAUUGUAUCGGC